CCUCAGCUCUGCGCAUGCGCAGACAGAAGUCCAGAAAGUCUGCGUGCGGUGACAGCUGCCCUGAUGAUAUCGACGAACGUGUCCGGCGGUAACGACCUCCCGCAGGGCAACCACGGCAAAAGGCAUAAAAAGAAAAACAAGAAACACCGCAAAGCGACCGGGGAGGUCAUCUCGAGUUUGGAAAUCGGGUCUGAAAUCCCGACCUCGGAUGAACUGUGCCACAUCCUGACUGUCCACAGACCCAACACUCCUCCAGACACAGCCCCCUCCCCACCUCCCAACCUCUCCCAGAGCCCGCCAGACCUGCAGCCUGUGACCCCUGACCUCCACUCACUCCCCAUCCCAGUCCCAGUGACAUCACUUCCCUCACCCAGCGUUCUGUCAUCACCAGAGAGGCCGGCGGCUUUCAUAGCUCCAUCACGAGGCCUGCCUUCUCUUUUCUCCACAACUCCUCCUACUCCAUCAGCACCAUCCAAUGAGACAACCCCACCACAGGCUCUCAGUCCUCCCCCGCCAAACUUUAGUCCGCCUCCAGCAGAACUACUGGGGUCAGAUGAUGAAGAGCAGGAAAAUCCAUCAGAUUACUGUAAAGGAGGCUAUUACCCAGUGAAGAUUGGAGACCUGUUUAAUGGCAGAUACCAUGUCGUCAGGAAGCUAGGAUGGGGCCACUUCUCCACUGUGUGGCUGUGCUGGGACCUUCAGAGGAAACGAUUUGUGGCCCUAAAAGUGGUUAAGAGUGCGCCACAUUACACAGAAACUGCACUGGAUGAGAUUAAACUUUUAAAAUGUGUUCGAGACAGUGACCCCACUGACCCCAAACGGGAGACGAUAGUUCAGCUCAUUGACGAUUUCAAGAUAUCGGGAGUCAAUGGCGUCCAUGUGUGUAUGGUGCUGGAGGUACUUGGACACCAGCUGUUGAAAUGGAUCAUCAAAUCCAACUACAUGGGUCUGCCUCUGGUGUGUGUGAAAAGCAUCCUGCGUCAGGUGUUGCAGGGUCUGGAUUAUCUACACACCAAAUGCAAGAUCAUCCAUACAGACAUAAAGCCAGAGAACAUCCUGCUGGAUGUGACAGAUGUGUACGUGAGGAGGCUAGCAGCAGAGGCCACCCUGUGGCAGAAGGCUGGAGCUCCGCCUCCCUCUGGCUCCUCGGUUAGCACGGCUCCAAGGGACAAACAGGCAGGUAAGUUGUCGAAGAACAAGAAGAAGAAGUUGAAGCGGAAAGCUAAGCGGCAGCAGAGGCUGCUAGAUGAGAGGCUGCAUGACCUGCAGAGGAUGGAGGAGCUGGACGGACUCGUGCCGGUGGAACGUUCCGCAAACACACGGACGUUCUUGAGGCUCAGUGAAAAUGGGGAGGAGACAGACGCCGCACAUGCACAGAGGAACAGUAAUGGAUACCAUGCCCCAGGUGCUAAAGGCAGUCCAGAGUCUGGCUCAUCCUGGCUUGAGGAGGGUUGUAAUGGCUAUGGGCCCCUGCGAUUCUCCAGUCCUGGAUCGGCGCUCUCUGGCACGUCCGGAUCCAUCCUGUCUGCUACCUCCGAGUCUGCACUCUCCACACUUUCUGGAUACUCCACGGAGAGAGACAGUCAGCGUUCCCUGCUCUCUCCCAACACAUUCAGUGCAGCAGACUUCUUGGUAAACCCUCUGGAACCACAGAACGCAGAUAAAAUCCGGAUCAAAAUUGCAGACUUGGGCAACGCCUGCUGGGUGCACAAGCACUUCACAGAGGAUAUUCAGACCCGGCAGUACCGGGCCGUGGAGGUGCUGAUCGGUGCUGAAUACGGCCCGCCGGCCGACAUCUGGAGCACGGCAUGCAUGGCCUUCGAGUUGGCCACAGGCGACUAUCUGUUUGAGCCGCAUUCAGGGGAAGACUACACUCGGGAUGAAGAUCACUUAGCUCAUAUCAUUGAGCUCCUUGGCCCUAUUCCCACACAGUUCGCUCUCUCAGGCAGAUACUCUCGCGAGUACUUCAACCGCAGAGGUGAGCUGCGGCACAUCAGUAACCUGAAGCCGUGGGGCCUGUUUGAGGUGCUGCUGGAGAAGUACGAGUGGCCACUGGAACAGGCGGCACAGUUCAGCGACUUCCUCCUUACCAUGCUAGAGUUCAUACCAGAGAAACGAGCUACAGCAGGAGCCUGCCUGCAGCAUCCCUGGAUCAGCUCCUAAUGUGCGCACACGUCCUCUCACUCUCCUGAAACCACACUCCCACCACCCUGUUUGUGCAGUUGUCUAUAAGGUCAAUUUAGCAACCUGCCCAAAAGGUAAAUACACUAAAUACACACUCUUGGGAAUGUAUUGUGUCAGCAUUAAGACAAAACCACACUGAAGAAACAAUAUUCUGAGCACACAAUAUUCUUAGGUAGAACCUCAAAUAUAUAUAUAUAAUUUUUAUAUACAUAUAUAUUUAAAGAAGCAUUGAGCGCUCUACAUGGUGGAGCUGACAGUCUGUAGUUAUGUCAAUGGUUUUCAUCAUAGUCAUCUCCAUGUGCUGGACGGUCGUGUUUAAAUGUUUCAAUAGUGCCUUGACAUGCCCUAAGAAAGAUUAAAAAAAAAAAAAAGUUUUAAAUUAUGCCUUCACCUUUUUUUAUUUGUUGGCAGUGUGAGGAAUGCUUGUUGUCUGUGACCAUCCAACACUAUAUGUAUGAAGAGAAAGUCAUGAAUCUGUGUACUACUGAAAUAAACCGUCAUACUAUCACA